UAUCCCGUCGCGCCCAUGCGGCUCGACCCGCUUGGACUCACGGGACCACCUACGUCGAAAAAAUGGAGAGGGAAGAGAAGGAAGGAGGAAGAAAAGAAAUGGCAACUUUGGUUAUCGUCGUUGUUGUCGUCGUCGUCGUCGUCGUCGUCGUCGACAACCUCGUUCGUGGAGUGUUUACGGUCCGAUUGCGCCGCGUAUGCGUCAUCCAGAUCGUCCCCCGGGUCGAUUUGCGAUCGCGUCGCCGACAACGGUGACGUAUUCGCCGUGCGACACCAUUACGAAGCCCGACACCACGAGGUCGGGCACGGACCCGAUGAGAAAGCCGGAACUGCCACUGCCUUUCGCAUCUCUCGCGAUUCUGUUUCGCGCGGCGAGGUGCGCGCGCGCACACGUGAUCGCCAUGAAGAUCACGAGGACGAGGAUGAUAAUGACGGCGACGCGUUGCGCGCGCGGACGCGUACUCCUCGCGUUGAUCAUUCGUCGCCGCGACGACGACGGGUCCCGCGAUUCGCUCGAGGAGCAAGAAGAGGGUCACGAAGAAGACGAAGGAGCGGAGCGAUCCCCGAGGAAAGGCCCGACGUGGCUACCUCGGCCGUUUCUUUCGUUGACGUGCAUGCUUACACUGCCUAUAGCAAUGACAGAGACGACGAUGACGAUGGAGAAAACGACGACGAUGACCACGAGGGACAAGCGCAUCGCAAGCAAAAGGGAAUCUACAGUGGGAUCGGAAAUCGUGGCGACGCGCAUGUUAGUGCGUUGGCUAAUCCGCGCGACAGAUACGAACAUGAAAACGCGAACGAGAACGCGCCUCGUGAGGACUACACCCGCGCCGAAGUGGAUGCGACUAGUCGUGGUGCACCCAAGAGUGAUCAGUGGACAUCACAAUCCUCUUCGUUUGACGGAAGGAAGGAUCGUGAAUGCAUCGAUGGCUACGGUUGCGCGUAUCCGACAGUGGACGAGGUGUUCGACGGGCAAGGAGGAGGAGGAGGAGAGUGUAGCGAGAGGACACGUAGCGAUAACACUGCCUGGUGCCAAAAGCCAAUUAUUAGGAGAAAAGGAAGAAGCGGCGAAGGGGAAGGAGGAGGGCAGCCGCGUAUACGCAGGAGCUAUUACAGGCUGUUGCUGUUCGUAUUGUAUCUUCUGGCGUGGCCCUUACUGUGCACGAGCAGUCCCUCAGGUCACCUCGCCUCGACCUUCGCGCAAAACCCGACCCUCGCACAUGCCAAGGAUCCCGCGCAACGGGGUAAUGUCACGCCGUCGGACACGUUGUUCUCGUCGUCGCCGGUCAUUGUGCAACAAUACCAACAUUCUCAACAAUACGUUCAGGGUAGCGAUUACAAUACCGAUAGCGAACGUCAUCGUUAUCAUCAGCAAAAGUAUCAACAACAGAGGAAGGAGCAGGAGGAACAGUUGGACGAACAGGAGAAACCCGAGCACCCCUACAACGAAUACACUUGGGCGGUGAACCAAAUGAAUCCCUGGCUGUCGGCCUGCGAUCUGGCAGGACCAGAGCCGACCGAUCUUCAGGGUACCUGCGGUCCAUCGGAGGUGCCUAGGGUGGCCAAGAACUGCCCGAAAUCGUGCGGAAACAUUUCAAAAAUAACGAAAACCUAUAAUACGAAGACAAAUAGGGGGGUCGAGGACGGAGACGGGACUGGCAAUCGACAUGGUGGUAAAUACCGCACCGAUGAAAAGAAGGAGGGGGAACAGUGCCUUUAUUAUCUCGAGAAGUCGAACAAGGAGUUCAUCUGUGAGAAUUUACCGAAGAAUAAUCUAUAUUUGUUCAUGGUAAGGCUGCCGUAUUGCUGCGAGCACGCGGUGUUCAACGCCCUGGCGCCGGGCAAGGGCGGCCCGCUCGAAGACGUGUUAAACGGCGGCGAGAAGUGCAAAGAUGCCCUGGACAAGCUGUUGCGCGUUGAUCUCCUGGUCUCGCAGCUGCAGUGCGAGUUCGAGGAGGUACUGGCGCGCUACGAUUGCGCCCAGCCGUACUCCGUCAUCCACAACUGCACCCAUUGCAAGGAGGCGUAUAGGAAAUGGGUGUGCAGCUCCCUGGUGCCUUACUUUGCUCACAGGAAACCGCAAGACGAGAAAACCUUGAAGGACUGGAUCGGCCUCAGAUUAAGGUCCUGCCGAUCCUUUUGCCAAUCCGUGGAGCAACGUUGCCCCUACUUUCUUCCGGGCGAUCGUGCCCCCGCAUACCCCACGCAAUACGCUGGCGAACCCACUUUUCUUUGCAGAGACCCGAACAUCCACGAGACCGGCGAGCAGGCUGCGAGGGCGUUGCACAGCAUCGAUGACGACGAGUGCUGCUUUCACGUGUGCUCCGAGGAUACCCCAGGAGAGGGUAUCUGUACCAACUGCAAGGAGCCGUGGAAACACGGCAGGGUCCAUGACCCCGCAACGGCACCGCAGUGUGAUAUGAACCUCCCUCAGUCUGCUACUACAGUCCAACCGCAUCCGGGCUCGCAGGCGGGCCAACUGGAAACGUCCACGGAUCGCGGGCUCACCACGGGCGACAACCAGGACACUAGCACCACUCCUUCCUCGUCCAGCACCGCAGCAUCUUCAACUACCACCGGCCAAAAGGACACGGCGUUCUGUGGCAGUGGCCGCAUCGGUUCGAUAUCGAGCGCGUCCUCGCCCGGUCGAUCGAGCCCGCCAGUCGUCCUUCAGCUCUUCUGGCUCUGUUCGAUCCUGAUUUCCCUUCCCGCGAACGCGCUACAGUACAACGCCUGGAGACCCUCCGGGUGUCUCCGGCUGAUCGGUUCCGGCCUGCUCCUCUCGGGCGCGUUCGUCCUGAGGAGGACCCUCAACGAUCUUCGCGUUUCCACGCUCGGUCCACGCUCGACCGGGAUCUAUCGGCUCGCCGUGCGUUGCCUCCUGUUUGUCCUCGGGAUGCCCGAGCGGGCGGUAAUGAAGUGCCGUCGUCGCGGAUGGUGGUGGUGGAGGUCCUGGAGGAGAUCCGGCAGCCGGCACUUCCGCUGGAAAUUCCCUCGUCGUUUCGGCGUCGCGUCCCGACGGUCCGUCCUACGCGACGUGUCGGUCGCUAUCCUCGAGCUGUUCCUCAAGUUCGCGGCGAGGUGUCGAUGUCGCGACUGGUGGUGGUUGUGGCGGCGGUGGCGGAAGUGCGGGUCGACACACGGCGGGCGGUACACGGGGCGCAUUCUUCGGAGGAGACGUUCGGCGACGCACCACCGGGCGGCACAUCGACGACGCGGGAGAAGAAGAGAUCUCGCCGGGGUUCUCAUCGGGAUGGAUGUCGCAACGCUGGCCAAAUCGACGUCUAGGAAGGACCCGCCAUAGGAUGGCCGGCCUCGCUUUCCUGGAUACGCAGGAUUGUACGGGUUUUCUUCUGUCGCGGUAUCCGCGAGAGCUCGUCUCCACGGUGCCAGAGUAUUACGAGAAGCACGCAGACUCGAUCGAAGCGAAACUCGAUCGAGGGAAACGGGAUCGACGUAGCGAGACGUCGAAAGCGAAAUACGAGGAAGUAUACGAAGGAUCAGGGGAUGUCCCCGGGAUGUUGCACGGGUAGAAAGAACACCACCAGCACUACGCGCGGAGGAUAAUGAGGAAGUUGGAAAGGGAAGUGCGAAAGAGAUCCAAGGAUCGGGUGAAGAAGCGCGGGCCGGUUUCGUCGACGACUUCGGUUCCGCAGGCUGGAG